ACGGAAGUAUUAAAUUAUUAUCAACGACUUACGAAGUUUAUCAAUUUAGUUAAUAUGGGUCCAGAGUUAUUUUUGGUUGGCAAGUUAUUUAUUUUAAUAACUGGUGCAAGUAAAGGGAUAGGACGAGGCUUGGCCAUUACAUUUUCUCAAGUAGCAUCCAGCCAUUCACACUUUUUAUUGAUAGCUCGAAAUGAAACUGGAUUGCGAGAAACAGCUAGCCUUAUGAGUAAUCAUGUCAAUGUUGAUUACGUCAGUAUGGACUUAUCUUUAGCGCAAGCUGAUCAGUUGGAAGAUAUGAUUAGAGAACACAUCAAUCCGAAUGAAUAUGAUCAUGCUAUUAUUAUCCAUAAUGUUGGAACAACUGGUGAUCUAUCACAAUUGACUUCUGAAAUGAAUAAUUUUCGUGUUUGGGAAAAGAUGUAUGAUUUGAAUGUGUUUUCACCAGCUGUUUUGAACUCAGUUACCAUGAAAAUAUUUAAUGACAAAGUCAAAGCUAAAAAGUUAGUCAUUAAUAUGAGUUCAUUCACCGCUAAAACACCUUUUCAAUCUCUUGGUUAUUACUGUUCGGCAAAAGCUGCACGCGAAAUGUAUUUUAGGGUUUUUGCUAAAGAGUUUCCAAACGUCAACGUUUUAAAUUAUUCCCCUUUCAUUGUUAAUACUGAUUUAUUUAGAGCAUCAAAAAACAUAACAGGAAUAACAAAACUUCCUGGAUGGCUUGUGAAAGCAUAUCAAGAAGGUAAAGUUUUAACGCCUAUCCAAGUAGGUCAUCGUCUUAUUGCUAUUAUAUGGGGACAAAAAUAUAAGUCGGGUGACUUUGUAGAUUACUAUGACCCUAUAUAAAUGACAAAUUUAAAAAUAAACUCUUAAAAUAAUAAAGUAUCUCAAUCGACACUAAGGUAAAGUACCCAGUACUUGAACACUUACAAAAAUGGGACCAGUACUUGAAUAGAAUUUUCGAAUUGUUAUAAUACAAAAUCUAUAAAUUUAUUAUGAGUAAUAUGCGCAUAUUAUAAUUAUUAAAUGAUACAGUAAUUGAUUUCUGUAAGUUUCUUCAAUUAUAAAUCAAAACAAUUAUAUUUUUGUUAACUUAAAAGUUAACAUGUCGAGAAUAGCCGAUAGAUGAUAUUUUUUUCAUGAAAAAGGUACUAAACCGUAAACUGAACUAUCAGUAAAAAAAAAAA